AUGUCAGACAAUUUUUGGUUCAAUGAUGAUGCCUUCCUGGGUAGUAAUCAAGAUGAUAAUAACAAUGCAUCGAAUAAUGAUGACUUUUUGAAUAAUAUUUUUGAUCAAAAUGCAGAACAGCAGCAAGCACGAGAGAACUUACGACCAGCGGCUAAUCAGUUGCCAUCUAAUAACACACCAUCCGCUCCACAAGAUAUAAUCCCAGCGGCUAUAUUAGGGCAGAAUCAGAGUAUUAAUCCACAAAUGUUCAUGAGACAGCAGCAGCAGCAACAACUACAAGAUCCACAACGUUCUCAACAACCUCAACAACCUCAACAACCUCAACAACCUCAACAACCACAACAACUUCAACAACCUCAGCAAAAUCGACAAUCCCAGCAGCCUCAGCAAUUCGAGCAAUCACCACAAUUGCAACAACCUCAGCUGCAACAACUUCCAGGCCAAAAUAAUCAACAGGCUUUAAAUCAGGGGAGAAAAGAACAAUUAUUGCGGAUGAGACAACAAAUUAUGCAACAACAAAUGCUUCAUGCCCAGCAAAAACAGCAACAAUUUCAACAGCCUCAACUGUUAGCUGCAUCUGCAAAUAAUAAUAAUAAUAUGACUCCACAAGCUCAAGCUCAAGGUGCUAUGCGCCUUAAAAAUAUGGAACUACAGGAAUCUUCUUCACCAAACACUUUUUCAAGAUCACAAGUCCCCAAUGCCUCCCAACCCGCACAUUCUAUGGGCAAUAUAGGACAAUCUCAGAGUCACCCUCAAUCACAAAUGGCACAACCACAAAGCGCAUCAAAUUCCUACGCCAAUAGUCCUGUAAACAAUAUGAUCUCGCCGCAGGUUCAAAGCAACUUGUCCCAAAGCCAACAGACACCUCGUUUUUCAAAUCCACAAAUUUCUCAACCUACAAUGCCGCCCCAGGGUCAACAGGGUAGUAAGCCUCCUCCUCCUGCGCAAAUUGCCCAAUUACAGAUUGAAUUGUUUUUAACUACAUUAAAUGAUUUUAUGAACCGUCGUGGUUCACCCAUAUCACAACCACCUGUUGUCAAUAAUAGAAGAGUUAAUUUGUUUUUCUUGUACAUUUUAUCACAUAAGCUCGGCGGACCUCAAGCGUUGAUAAAAGCAUUACAACAACCUUCUCAACAGCAACCAUCGCCAUGGUCUACUAUUUGUCAGAAAUUAGGUCUUUAUGAUGGAGUUAAUAUUCAACAGGAUUUGGCACUGAAGGCUCGGAUUGAGAAAGAAGUUGGAAAUUGCUAUGUUCAGUAUUUAUUACCAUAUGAGCAAUAUAACAGCACGCCUGAUGGACAGAAGGAUAUUCAACAGAAGAGGCUCCAUUUUCAAAAGCAACUUCUCAUGAGAUUCCAACAACAACAACAACAACAAAAGCUGGAACCUCUGUAUCCACUGCAUCCACUGCAUCAUGGAUCGCCCGCACCAAAUAUCCCUCAAGUUUCCCAGCCACAACCAAAUCAUACCUCACCACCUCAAACAAGUAGUAUUGCAUCUCCCGUUAUCAACAUGCAACUGAAUAUGAUGCAAACUAGCCAAAGUCCUGUAAUAAGCCAAGCUCCUACGCCACAACAACAGCGAAAGCUUUCUCGUGUGAGUAGUAAUCAAAAUUCUCCAAACGUACAAUCUCCUUAUAUGCAACAACUGAUCUCGCGUUCGGGUAGUAUAGUACAGCAGGCUCAGAUGAAUUCGCAACAGCAAGUUCAAAUGCAGCAGCAACAACAGCAGCAACAACAGCAACAACAGCAACAACAGCAACAACAGCAACAACAGCAACAACAGCAACAACAACAGCAACAACAACAGCAACAACAACAACAGCAGCAACAACAGCAACAACAGCAACAACAGCAACAGCUAAAUCAAUUUCAGAGGAAGCAGCAAGUUCCAUCUGCCAAAACGUCGGCGCUUGAGUCUCCAAAAAUUCCAGAUCAAAAGAACCUACAAUCCGAUGCUCUACCAACAUCAACUAAUUCUGAACAAGAUACCAAAAUCAAACCCCAAGAACCUAACAUUGUAAAGAAUUACGUUCCAAUUCGUAAGGUGAUUGAAUCUCAUGCAGGAUAUGAUAUUAAGUCAUUAUCAACUGUUGCAGGUGAAAUCGAAAUAACCAAACCAGUCUAUUUGUUUGCUCCUGAAUUAGGUACAAUAAACAUACAUGCACUUAUAAUGGCUUUGAAGAAUUAUAGCUAUGCCAAUAGAGGGGAAGUAUUUAGCGCUUUGAACACUUUACUUGUUACAACUUCAGAUUCCAAUUAUGCAUUUAAAAUAUCUGAUUGCCCUGAGUUAUUGGAUUCAUUGGCGACCUUAGGCUUAACGGUGUUAGACCAACUUAUAGGGGAUAAGCACAAUAAAAUAAAGGAAGGUGAAUAUACUGAAACAUUUUCAUCAAAUAAUAAUAUUGAAGAUGUCUUUAACAAGUACGUAAAUAAUAAGAACGCCAGUGAAAUGAUUGAAGAAGAUAUUACGUAUGUAGUUGAUUCUUUGACAGGGCAACUUAUUGAUGAUGAGGGUUCCGAUAUGGAAAUAGAUGAAGUUUUUUCACCAAGUGAAUGGAACUCUACAUCUUGUACUUCGGAAACAAAUAGUCCUAUUGCUAGCGAUGAUGAUGAAAGUGAAUUCUUUAUUCCUGAUUAUAUGUCUACUUUGCUCAACUUCAGAAAGGAAAAUAAAUAUCAUUUCAGCAAAAUACAAACAAAGAAUGCUAUGGAUGACCAGAUCAUGCUAGUAGAUCAAUUAAUUACCAUUACUAUGGUUUUGCGAAAUAUUUCGUUUUCUGAAGCAAAUAGAACUAAGAUGUCUAAAAAUAAAAUAUUUAAGAAUCUAAUCUUUAAGACUGUUAAGGCUAUUGCAACUUCGUCAAAGAGCUUUGUUUUUUAUAGAAAGAGGCUAUGUUUGUUAAAGGAUUGUCUUCUCAUGUUAGACAACAUUGCUUUCACUAUGGAGCUUUCUUCCUUAGAAGAAGCUUUCUUAGCUUUUGUAUUGGUUAGCUCUUUUGGACCAAAAUUGGAGGAUAAUUUUGGUAUUCCUAAAGUGAGUUUGGAUGUUUAUUCAUACUUACCAUUUGGAAUCGAUGCAUUGACAAAAUUGUUGGUAAGAGAGCCUCAUAACAGGUCAUUGAUGCAAGCUGUGUUAACUGGCAGUUUGAAUGUUUCCCCCUCAACUUAUUCAGGUGCCAGUUCUCUUAAUAUCACGCCUGAAGAUCAGAUAGAAACGAAAAGAUUGAUGUUAGCAUAUUUGAAUGGUGACGAAGAAAGCCUCAAAUCAGGAAGAUUAUUGACCAAGUCAUUCCAACUAUUUUUAUGUUUAAUUCCCUAUGAAUCAAGUACUUAUGAGUUCUCGAAGUUCGUCUUCACGCGAUCUUCCACCGUAUCCCAAGCUCUAUUUGGAGCCAAACUCAUUAUUGAUAUGGUCCCCGUCGAAGAUAGCGUAUCUCCUUUAUGUAACUUAUCGGUAUUGUGGAUCCUUCAUAACAAAGAACUCAUUCUCUCCAAUUUAUCCAGGAUGUCGAUGUCUUUAAUAAUGGAAGCUUCUAAAUUACAUCCUACUAGUAAUGAAUACAAAAUACUAUCAUUAGUAUUGGUGAGGUCUUUCAUAAUGGUCAAUUCAUUAGUAAAUGAUGCUAUCAAUAUAUAUGACUCCUCAAACGAUGAUAAUAAAUUAAAGGGAGAGAUAAAGGAUCUUUCAAAACUCUCUAGGGUUAUUCCAGAUCCAAACUCAGCUUUAGAUUGUUUAUUGUCUCCUGCUGUUGAUGCUGGUUUGAGUAAGGAAGUUAUCCGUCUUCUUGCUUUGUUAAGAAGACUAUCGAAGGAUUGA